AUGAAUGAUAUUAUGGAUAUGGACGAGAAGAAGGCCGUUUUCGGCAACCAUUCCGAGGACAUACAGACCAAAUUGGACAAGAAAUUAGGCCCCGAGUAUAUCUCCAAGAGAGUUGGGUUUGGAACAAGCAGGAUUGCUUAUAUCGAGGGUUGGAGGGUAAUUAAUCUGGCUAAUCAAAUCUUUGGAUAUAAUGGCUGGUCCACGGAGGUGAAAAGCGUAGUUAUCGAUUUUUUGGAUGAACGACAGGGAAAGUUUAGCAUAGGUUGUACUGCGAUCGUCCGUGUUACGUUGACUAGUGGUACUUAUAGGGAAGACAUCGGAUAUGGUACCGUGGAGAACGAAAGAAGGAAACCUGCCGCUUUCGAGAGGGCUAAGAAAUCUGCUGUUACGGAUGCUUUGAAAAGAUCUUUGAGGGGAUUCGGUAAUGCUCUAGGGAACUGUCUCUACGAUAAAGAUUUUCUGGCAAAGAUCGAUAAGGUUAAGUUCGAUCCACCAGACUUUGACGAAAACAAUCUGUUCAGGCCAACUGAUGAGAUCAGCGAAAGCUCAAGGUCAAAUACUUUGCACGAAAAUCAUGAACAACAACAACAAUACCCGAAUAAAAGAAGGCAAUUGACCAAAGUUGCAAAUGCUAAUCCGGGCUUAACGAAGAAUCUGGUAAAACUAGAAAAUACAGUAAAUCGAGGCGCCCCCAUGGUGGCCGCAUCUACCGAGAUUAUUAACAAUAACAACAAUAGUAACAAAGAUACUGAGCUCAAAUCUCCCGAUACUUCCAAACAAGAUCAAGAUGACCUACUGGAUGAUUCUCUUAUGUUUAGUGAUGAUUUUCAAGAUGAUGACUUGAUAAAUAUGGGCAACACAAACAGUAAUGUUCUACCAACAGAGAAGGACCCUAUUUCAGCAAAGCAAAGCCCAAAUGCCAGCUCAAAUUCAGAGGCAGAAAAAAUUACCUUUGUUACAGCUAAGGCGGCAACGUCCGUACAGAAUGAACGUCAUAUCGGUGAAGAAAGCAUUUUUGAUCCCAAGUACCAAGCACAAUCCAUUAGGCACACCGUUGAUCAGACCACGUCAAAGCAUGUUCCAGCAAGUGUACUAAAGGACAAAACGAUGACUACUGCGAGGGAUUCUGUUUACGAAAAAUUUGCACCAAAGGGAAAGCAAUUGAGCAUGAAGAACAAUGAUAAAGAGUUAGGGCCUAAUGCGCUGGAAGGAGUUGGAAAUCAAGUACCGCGUGAAACCACUCCGAGUAAACUGAACACUACUAAUUUUCAACCUGCAGCUGCGCCACGGUUUGCGCCUCCUUCUAAGGUAGUGCAUCCUAAUGGAAAUGGUGUGGUGGCAGCCCUUCCGCAACAAAGAUCGACACGAAGAGAAGUUGGAAGACCGAAGAUCAAUCCCCUGCAUCCACGCAAGCCUAACUGA